GCUUGUCUUUGUGUACUGUCUACUCUAUUCUGUGGUGCAGGCUCUCCAUUAUUCUCCUAUUUUACACAUUUCCUGCAACAAGUUAAUAAUAAUCACAAGCUUUCUGUAGAAAGAGGAUUGUCCUGCUGUUUAGAUGGUACAUUGAAUUAAUUUCAAUGAAUUCAGCUCAGUUUAGUAGAUCUAUAUUGUCUGCAAGAGAAUUAACCAUGUGUUUGUUUUCUUCUGUCUAACAACUCUAGGUGUGAUCCACCCCAUUAACGUCCACCUGUAGCCUACCAUCUUUAUAAGUAUACGCUGACUUCAAAAAUGCCAGGCCAGGGAUCCACGUUGAGGGAGUGUGUGGUCUGCAAUGCACAGCUUAAUGUGGCCUGCAAAACCUGCAAGAUAUGCAAAGCUGAGCAGCCACGAAAGUUGAGGCUCAAGAAUAAAAUUGAAAAUUUUGACAAGAAGCAGGAGAGCUGGGUCAAUACCCACAUGAAAAAUAGGACCGCCUCGCAUAUUUGCGAUGAAGGUUACAUAUUGGCUGGUUACCACAAGACGCCACAGGACAACUGGGUGAACCCUCAUCUACCCCAGUUGAUCCCCCAGCUGGAACACCACUGGCUUCACCAGACCCUCAGGCACCCUGAUCCCCCAGCAGCCUCAGUGGCCCCAGUGACCACACCAUAUAUUUAUCCUACAUGUUUUGAGUACAGUAAUUUACCAAUGUUGCUUACAGAUUUUGUAUCAGAAUAACUACAAAAAGAAAACUGAGACUAAGUAUAAACUAUGUGAUCUCAAUAACCUCUUAUCAUUCUGUAAAGGCUUGUUUAAUGUAGUAUUAAGCUUUAUGAAUUUAAUAGGUUUUCCGUUCAGAAUGGCCACAUACAGAGUGAACCCUCAUCAACCCGAGUUGAUCCCCUAGCUGGACCACCAAUGGCCUCACCAGACCCUCCAGUACCAGUGGCCCUUGAUCCCCCAGCAGUCUCAGUGGCCCCAGUGACCACGCCACCACUGACCACACCACCACUGACCAGGCCACCACUGACCAGGCCACCACUGACCACACCACCACUGACCACGCCAACACAAGCUUGUGUUGGUGCCAACACUGACCAGGCUGUCACUGACCACGCCACCACUGACCACGCCACCACUGACCACGACACCAGCAGCCCAAAGUGGAAUCUUGGCAGCCUCAGCAGGACCACAUGCAGCGUUGACAGGAUCCCCAGCACACAGAACAUGGAAAAGGAAAGAAUGCCCACAUACAGUGUCAGGGAGCCAAGACUUUUACCCUGUGAAGAGGGUUUCCAAAUGCAAAGUUAUGAAGGGCCAAAAAAUACAGCUUGUGGAGUGGGAACCGUGCAAACUCUGUGGAAAGAAGUGGCCAUUAGAGUGGGUGCCGGAUAAGGACACCUGUUAGUGCUUCCAGUUUCACAAGGUUCCCAAUGCUGAAGGUGUAGAAGCACUGUUACAUGUCAGAUUUGUGAUUUUUUUUAUUUGUUUGUUAUUCCUUCUUAAUGUUAUAAACAUAAACAAGACUGCCUGUUGGGCCUGGAACUCUCCACAGCUGCUUGUGGCUGUAUUUCAUUUUAAACUUUGUAUUGUUUAUUACUACUGUUGUGUUUUGUUGCACACCAAUUGUUGUCACUUGAAGAUAUGAAUCUUCAUUGACACUAC